CGAGCUUUUGACGACCGAGCGGUGCAGAGCAUUGAUGUUCACGCGUCACUGGGUAUCGCCACUCGUGAUCGUGAUUCCACUCAUAGUAGUACCUACCGUGCACCAUCGAGAAGUAUCACUCGCCAAGCCUUAUGAUCACAGCGCCGCUAUGUCAAUCAAAAUUCAGCGGAACAACUUGAAGGCAACGGACACCAGCACUGCGAUUCCCAACAUCACGCUACGCAUUGUGAUGCACUGCAGUGGCCAGCGUCCUGAAUAACCAUACCAUUUCCGCCAGUGCCAUCCUGCACACUUGUUAAUGUCCUUCGACCAGGAGUACCGGAGCCGUGUAUGUGGCCACGACAUACUAUACACAAUUAU